UGCGCUGAACAGAAGCACUGAAACCCAGCGUGUACGACAGUAACGUGGGCCCGUGAGAGAUCAGACCUAUCCGUUCUGGCUCGUGAGAGUUACAGCAAACGGACGGGAUUCAAUGUGACCUUUGUGAAGAGGCUGCGUGUGUGUGAUCGGAGUGAAUUUCUAGUGUCUUGUCGAGACUCUUUCGCUAACGUUUUUGUUUUGUUUUUUUAACCUCAAUAUAGCUUGAUUUGAUAAUGAAAACCGAUUAAAGGACAUCAACCUACACCCUUCCUGAAUAUGAGGAAUGAAAUUUCACGUGUCAUCUCCUGAUUUGAUAAUGGAAAAGAAUGGAAUAGUGUUUGCACUUCGAUACUGUUAGAUUCCAGCUUUGAGUUAUUGCACCUCUGACUAUGUAAUUAUCCUCCCAGCCAGAUAAGAUAUAAGAUAAAACAAGAUAAGUUAACAUAAGUUAAGAUAAGAUAAGAUAGGAUAAACUUUAUUGAUCCCACACUGGGGAAAUUCCCUCGUUACAGCAGCUCAAUCACACACAAGAGAUAAGAAAAUACACAUUAAAUAGGAAUAGAAUCGAAAAAUGUCUACAAAUAUAUAUAUAAUAGGAAUAGAAAAAUGAGAUUAAGGUAUAAUAGGAAUAGAAAAAUAAGAAUAAAAAUAAAAAUAAGAUCAGUCCGCUCUGUUGGAGCCCAAGUGCACAUGCUAUAAAUGUCAAGACUGUGAUUGUUCACAGAGAUUAAUAUUACACAGCUUUUAUAUCUGGGAUCUAAGCUUUAUAUGUUAGAUAGUAAAUAAACGUUCGAGGAACGCUCAAGGUAUUGUUGUUGUUUUUUUUUUUGUUGUUUUUUUUGUAGACUCGCCAGGUCAUGUGGUACAACAUAUACACUGAUUGGUCCCGGAGAAUAAGGAGGAAUAAGGCUGCUCUGAUUUAUGCAAAUGCUGCAGAGUUGAAGCCGUCCUUCAGUCGAAUUGUACUGUUCUUAAUGCGAUUUUGUUUUUGAAUUGUGAUUGUUUUGUUCAGCCCUGUAGAUCAGUGUGGGGCGUGGGGGGAGACGAGAAGGAGGUGGGAACUGAUUGAAGGCUGCUUGUUAUGUAAUGGCUGUCAUCCGCCGUCCAGCUAAAAUCCACGCGCACAUCAUCGGUACUAAUUUCUAGCUACACCACUGAGGCAAGGAUUGAAUGAGCCAACGCCUGUGACCAGCACUCGAGAUCUCCAAACAGACCUUCAGCAUGAAGAGAACUGCCAUUUCCACUCCACUGCUCUCCAUCUGCCUCGUUCUGAUUGCAUGUCGCUGUUCCCUGGCAUCGUCAUUCUGCCCAGCUCAGUGUGUUUGUGAAACACGGCCAUGGUACACCCCUCAGUCUGUGUACCAUCAGGCGAAGACUGUGGACUGUAACGAACUCCAUCUAAGCACCAUCCCACGAAACAUAUCUUCUGACACUCAGGUGCUGCUUCUCCAGAGCAACAACAUCUCCGUGGUGACUUCAGAACUGCGGACUCUUGUCAACCUCACUGAGUUGGACCUCUCUCAGAACCACUUUACCCAAAUCCAAGAUGUUGGUCUGGGCAACUUAACCCAGCUGGUCACCCUUUACCUGGAGGAGAACCAAAUUAAAGAACUACCUGAUUUCUGCAUGAAAGAUUUAGUCAGCUUGGAGGAGCUUUAUAUAAACCACAACCAGAUCUCCUCAAUUGGCCCCCAUGCCUUUUCUGGUUUAGGGAACCUGCUUAGGCUCCAUCUAAAUUCAAACAAAUUGGUGGCUAUUGAUAGUCAAUGGUUUGAAUUCCUCCCGAACCUGGAGAUCCUCAUGAUAGGUGAGAACCCUAUACUUGGAUUGGAAGAUAUGAACUUUCACCCUCUUUCAAAAUUGCACAGUUUGGUACUAGCUGGCAUGGGCCUCAGGGAAAUACCUUCUGGAGCGUUUCAAGGACUGGAGUACCUAGAGAGUCUCUCAUUUUUUGAUAAUAAACUGACAGAAGUGCCCAGAGAUGCAUUGCGCGCUCUGCCAAACCUGAAGUUCUUGGACCUCAACAAGAAUCCUAUUGUGUAUGUGCAGGCAGGUGAUUUCCAGAACUUUGCCCACUUGGAGGAGCUCAGCAUGAACAACAUGGAUGAGCUUGUGGCUGUGGAAAGAAAUGCAUUUUCCAACCUCCCACAGAUGGCCAAGUUGGAGGUUUACAACAACCCUCGUCUGUCCUAUAUCGACCGCGAGGCUUUCCGUGGCAUGUCUAGCUUGCGCACUUUGCUGUUCCACAACAAUGACCUCACCCUCCUUCCUCACGAGGUUUUAACUUCCUUCCCCAGCCUGGACGAAGUCAGCCUCCAUAGUAACCCCCUCAGGUGUGAUUGCCUCUUGAUCUGGGGGCCAAUCUUUGGUAACCAGUCAAGUCUCAAGCUUCUGGAAUCCAAGAUUACUAUGUGUGCCUCUCCUCCAAACCUGGUAGGGCACUCUCUCCAGGAAGUGGUGUCAAAUAACUGGGACAUUUCAAGUAACACCUGCCUGCCAGUCAUAUCUCAGAAUAGUUUCCCUCCCAAGCUCAACGUCACAGCUGGUAAGCCGCUGACGCUUAACUGCCGUGCUGUGGGUGACCCUGUCCCUCAGUUCUACUGGGUAACCCCCACAGGUGACAAAGUCACCUCAGAAGUUGUAUCCCCAGCGCUGAAUGAGGGCAGCAGUGGCAUGAGGAAGCACAGAUUGCAGGACCAAGGCGCUCUGGAGAUCCUCCAUGUUGAACCAGAGGACGGUGGUUUAUAUACAUGUGUGGCGUGGAACACAGAAGGUGCAGACACCCGGAGUGUCUCUGUGUAUGUAGACAAGAGUAAUUGGCAUGAUGACCGGCAGAAAGCCAACCAGCAAGGGGGAAGGAACACCACUGGAGCCCUGGUUAUCCUUGCAAAAGUCAUCCAUGCACAAUCUGUAGUACUGGAAUGGAAAGUUUACCCCACUACCCGUGUCUCCAGCCAUGAGAUGCUACAACCCAAGUGGCUCAGUGCCACUAUGAGAAUCAACAACCCUCACAUUAGUUACACGGCAAAGGUCCCGGUGGACGUUCAAGAAUACAACCUCACGCACCUGUUACCCUCAACAGAGUACCAAGUCUGCCUGACCAUGGCGUCGACAGAGCAGCAAACUCAGCAGUCCUGCAUCAAUAUCACCACCAAAGAAGCCAGCUUUGCCGUAGAGAUAGUCGCGCAACCGAGCAACGUUGCCUUGGCGGCGGUGAUGGGCUCCAUGUUUGCCAUCUGUAUCAUGGCGCUGCUGGUGUUUUACAUGGGAAGACGUAUAAAGCAGAAGUCCUGCCAUCACUCGUUGAAGAAGUACAUGCAACACGCCACCUCGAUUCCCCUCAACGAGCUCUACCCACCUCUCAUCAACCUGUGGGAGAACGAAACUGAGAAAGAGAAAGAAGGGCCCGUCGACCCUCAAAGCUCACAGAUAGACACCUCAAAGACAUACAUGUGGUAGUUCGGUACAGGAUGCAUAGACGGACACUUUAAACAAAGUAUGUACGGUGCUGUACAUAGACGAUAAUUGUACGUAGUUACUUACUAAGAUGUCAUUGUGAAAGAUGUAUUUUUAGAUAUAACCCUCCAUAGCUGGAACAACUCUCUACUUAUUCGGGUACGGUUGUGAAGUGGUUAUAUACAGAGUAGAUGAAUUUUUAAAAGUGCCCAGCCAAACACACCCUUGCAAUAAUCUCGCAUCAAGUUUCUAUGAACAGUUCAACAUUACGCAUGCAGAUAUAUUAAUUAUUUGUCUAAUUUACUAACCAUAGAAACAUUACCGUCACGAGUCUGAACCGAAGCCUUGUCGUCCCUGCACAGGCUGUUGACAGAGUCAAGGUUGCAUAUUUUUGGAUUUCUUGCAUGGUGUUCUUGCAUGCUGUUUCAGUUAGUGCUUAGAAAGUACCUUCGUUUUUCUCGCGUCUUAAAAUACAAAGAUGUGAGAAGGUGGAACGCACACCCCUUCUGUAUCCAUUCCGAUGUUUAUCACCUGCACUGAAUUCACAAAUCUUAUCCGCCAGCUGUUGUGAAAAUCGCUGUUACCUGCAACUAAUUAGCUGUCAAGCAUAAUUAAUAAUUGCUACAGCAACGACGCAGCUACGUGUAUUCACUUUUUACUUUUGGAGCUCACUUUUGAACUGUGUAUGUCUGAAUGUAGAUAUUUUUACUAUUGCCGAUACACUUUCUUUCUUUUUCUUUUUUUGUCACUCGGUACGAGUUGAAUGAGGUGUACAGGUUAUACUGAAGCUUGGUGGAAUUUAUGUUGGGAAACACCUACAAUCUCUUCUGUCACA